AUGAGCGAGACAAUCACCGAAACUGUUACUUUGACCAGCCCUGAGAUUACGGCGGAAAAUGUCGCCACUCUCUUUCCUGAGGUCGACACCUCGUUGGCCCGCGAAGUUCUUCCCACCAGCCAUACCAGUGUGGGUGGAGCUGGUGAGCUGGAAGGCUAUGACGAGGAGCAAGUCCGCCUGAUGGACGAAGUGUGCAUAGUGUUGGAUAACAAUGAUCGCCCCAUUGGAAGUGCCAGCAAGAAGCUCUGCCAUUUGAUGACCAACAUUGAUAAGGGUCUCCUUCACCGUGCCUUUUCCGUCUUCCUCUUCGAUUCCAAUAAGCGUCUGCUACUUCAACAGCGUGCCACCGAGAAGAUCACAUUCCCCGAUAUGUGGACCAACACCUGCUGCUCACACCCUCUCGGCAUCCCUGGCGAGACAGGAUCCGAAUUGGACGCUGCUGUCAUGGGCGUGAAGCGCGCCGCGCAGCGCAAGCUGGACCAUGAACUGGGCAUCAAAGCCGAGCAGGUGCCCCUGGACAAAUUUGAGUUCUUCACCAGAAUCCACUACAAGGCCCCUAGCGAUGGCAAGUGGGGUGAGCACGAAGUCGACUACAUCCUCUUCAUCCAGGCCGAUGUUGACCUCAACCCCAGCCCGAACGAGGUUCGCGACACCACCUACGUUUCGGCUGAUGAAUUGAAGGCCAUGUUCGAGCAGCCCGGUCUGAAAUUCACCCCAUGGUUCAAGUUGAUCUGCAACUCUAUGUUGUUUGAGUGGUGGAGCCACCUUGGCACUCCAGCCCUGGAACAAUAUAAGAACGAGCAGCAGAUUCGUCGGAUGUAA